AUAUUUUUUCAAACAUAAAUAACGUAUAAUUAUUUUUUUCUUAUUAGUGUUUUUUUUAUUUUGUGUUAAAAUAUUUUGGCGAAAAAUAAAUAUACUUAAAUUAUAAAAAUAUAAAAGGACAAAAUCAUAUGUUUGGUAUAGAGACGCCACAAGGAAAGGAUCACUAGCAACGCUGAAGCUGUACCAAUUUAAAGCCAAUUCAAAAAUAAAUUAUAAGCAGAAAAAAUGAGUAAAACAACAAAAAGCAGUACGAGUACGAAUACUCAUAAAAGCAACCGCAACUACAACGAUUUAGAUGCUAAUAAUGAUAUGUCGGAUGAAUUGAGCGCGUAUAGCUCGGAGGAAGACGAGGUGACAUCUCGAAAAUCGCGAAAAAUACAGCCAACUGAUGCUGCGAAUUACGAGGAUGGUGGCGGCAUGUACGACCGUGGUGGUCGACGGCGUCGCGGCGGUAGGAGAGGUCGUAGUCGACGCAAACGAUCGCGCUCCCGUAGCCGCCGUCGUCGUCGCUAGAGAAUUUUUGUUUAUUGUCAUUUAUUUACUUUUUUUUUUUUUUAAAUUUUAUGUGAAAGAAAAAUUAUAAUUUUUUUUGUUUUUUGUUUUAACAAGUCAUGUGUAAUUUAAUGUAAAUUAAUUUGUGUGCAAGUAAAUUACAAGUGAUAUUUUCAUAUGUA